AUGUCCAAAGUGGGGGCGGCGGAAAGUUGCGGCUCGGCGCCGUGCGAGGACUUGUCCAAGGUGUCCGACGAGGAGCUGCUCCAGUGGAGCAAGGAGGAGCUGGUCCGCAGCCUGCGCCGCGCCGAGGCCGAGAAGAUGAGCGCGAUGCUGGACCACAGCAACCUCAUCCGCGAGGUGAACCGCCGCCUCCAGCUGCACCUCGGCGAGAUCCGUGGCCUCAAGGAUAUAAAUCAGAAGCUGCAAGAAGACAACCAGGAACUGCGAGACCUCUGUUGCUUUCUGGACGAUGACAGGCAGAAAGGCAAGAAGGUGUCCCGCGAGUGGCAGAGACUGGGCAGGUACAGUGCUAGCAUUGUGCACAAGGAGGUUGCCUUAUACCUACAGAAGCUGAAAGAACUGGAAGUGAGACAAGAAGAAGUGGUGAAAGAGAACCUGGAGCUAAAGGAGUUAUGUGUGUUGCUGGAUGAGGAGAAGAGUGGGGGGGCAGGCAGCCGGAGCUCUAUUGACAGCCAGAUCAGCCUGUGCCAGCUGGCUGCCCCGAGCGCCUACAUCAGGGAUGUCGGUGAUGGAAGCAGUACUUCUAGCACUGGAAGUACAGACAGUCCAGACCAUCACAAACACCAUCCGAGUACGAGUCCAGAACAUCUUCAAAAACACAGGCCUGAAGGAAGUCCUGAGCAUCAGAAACACAGGAGUAUCAGCCCAGAGCACCUCCAGAAGCCUAGGGGUUCUGGCAGUCCUGACCAUCACCUGAAAGGACCAAGUCCAGAGCAUCACAAAACCAUUAUCAAAGCACCUGAGCAACAAAAGCACAGCAGUAGCAGUCCAGAAACUCUCCCAAAGCACAUUUUGAGUAGUAGCCCUGAGCACUUUCAAAAGCACAGGCCUGGUAGUAGCCCUGAGCAUCAAAAGCACAGCAGUGGCAGCCCAGAUCAUCUUCAAAAGCACACACCGAGUGGAAGCACAGAACAUCUCCACAAAGCGAGGGGUACAAGCCCUGAGCAUCUCAAGCAGCAUUUUGGAGGGAGCCCAGAGCAUCUUAAACAUCUCAGUGGAAGCAGCAGAGAAGGUACUCUCAGGAGACAAGUAACAGAUGACCUAUCGCCUCACCACAGAAGUAUAUACAAUGGAAUGAAUGAAUCAACCUUGUCCUAUGUUAGGCAGCUGGAGGCCAGAGUAAGACAGCUGGAGGAGGAAAAUCGCAUGCUACCCCAGGAUCCCAAUAGGAUGCCAGCAGGGGCGGAGGGGAGUUACUGCUCUCCAAACGAGCCACCUAACGUCACUGGACAUGGCUCAACUUCUCAGCAGUCUGAAUCAGUGGUAAAUGCUCUUAAGGUUGUGUGGAGGAAACUUGGAGAUGCUGCAGGGUCGUGCCCUGGAAUUAGACAACAUUUGUCAGGAAAUCAAUAUAAAGGACCUAUGUAAAAGGACCUGAGCAAGUUUUCUCUCUGACGAGAAAGAGAUUGACCUGCUGGUGAGAGAU